AUGGCGGCACGCAGGGCACCGGUGCGGAUGCCAACCCAAGGCCGCUCCCCGCCCACCAGCGCCGCCGAAGUCCACCAGCAGCACCAAGCCGCCCAAGCGGCGCAAGCGGCGCAACAAUCCUCCCAGCAAGACGCGCUCUCCGUGCUCCUCGUCACCGCCGGAUACGACCACACCAUCCGCUUCUGGGAAGCCUGGUCCGGCAUCUGCUCGCGCACCAUCCAACAUCCCGACUCGCAGGUCAACCGACUCUCCAUCAGUCCUGACAAACGCUUCCUUGCAGCGGCGGCUAACACCCACAUCCGACUCUACGACUGUUCAAUAGCCUCGCCGGCCUCGAUCGCUGCUGCGAAUGCUGCUGCUGGUGGUGGUGGAGGCGGGUCGGGCAGCAAUGCGAGCGCGCCCGCUCAACCCAUUGCGACGCUCGAAGGUCACCAGGGCAACGUGACGGGCAUUGCGUGGCACUGCGACAUGCAGUGGCUCGUCUCAGGUGGUGAAGAUGGUCUGCUCAAGAUUUGGGAUUUGCGUACAUCACGCGCGACACGGAUCUACGACCAUCGCGGACCGGUGAACGAUGUGGUGGUACACCCGAAUCAGGGCGAGCUGGUGAGCUGCGAUCAGAACGGCAGCGUCAAAGUGUGGGAUCUCGGGCAGAACGGAUGCUCUCACGAACUGGUCCCUGAAGAAGGAGUGCCAAUUCGAUCCGUGACGGUCGCCGCCGAUGGAAGCUGUUUAGUGGCGGGCAACAAUACGGGCAAAGUGUACGUCUGGAGGUUUAUCAACGGUGUCUAUGAUGCACAACAACAGCCUGGGCCAUCACCAGCAGGCGGAGACUUCACAGAGCUUCAACCAGUGACAACGUUUCAGGCGCACGAAAAGUACCUCACACGAGUGCUGCUCAGUCCGGACGUCAGGCAUCUGGCAACGUGCUCAGCGGAUGCAACCGUCAAGAUCUGGUCCACGUCGCGGUACGAGUUUGCGCUGGAAAAGACCCUCGUGGGGCAUCAGCGCUGGGUGUGGGAUGCGGCGUUCAGCGCAGAUUCGGCGUAUCUGGUGACUGCUUCUUCGGAUCACGUGGCAAGGCUGUGGGAGCUGGCGUCGGGAGAGACGGUGAGGCAGUACAACGGACAUCAUCGGGCGGCGGUGUGUGUCGCGUUGAACGAUGCGUCUUUGGGUGGGCCACCAUGCUUCGGUCAUCGGCGAUCACCGCGAGCUUUCGAGCGAGACAACAUGAGCGGUAGCAGCGGUGGUAAGGGCUCAGGCCCGUCCGGUUCGAUCUCGUCCACCUUCCCCGGACUGAAAGCCGAGCUGGAGCGGUCCAAGGCAUCCUCCUCGUCCUCUUCGAAACGCAAGGCUUCUUCGAUCGACGAGCUUCGCAAGCCGUCCAAGAAGCUCUCCUCGGUAUUCCUUGACGGCUCUUCGAGCAAGAAGGCGCGCGAUGAAGGGUCAAGCCGGAAGGAGCGAACCUCUGCCGACCCGGAAGCGUCCUUCGAGCGCAUCCGUACGAACCUGGAACGCAAGGCGCGCAUCUACGAUCAGCUGCACGCAGGCAAGUAUGCAGGGUUCACAUCUGCCGAGUUGGACGAAGGAAGCAUCGAUUGGACUCGUAAGCGGGCCGAGCCACAACCCCGCUCUCGGUCUCCCUCACCCACCCCACGGGGAGGAGAGGAGAUGGUGGAGUACGAAGAUGAGUUCGGUCGCACGCGCACCGCCCCGCUCAGCGAGGUACCGCGCGAAUUCCUGCCAGAACGCUACGGAGGAGAUCGCGAGGAAGAUCGAGAAGAGGUGGAUAAUGCCGUUUAUGGUCCAAGCACGAGCUUCCCUGUGUACGAUCCGAGUACGAGGCGAAGGGAGAAAGAGGAGACGCAGAGCAAAAGGUUCGAUGCCGAGUUCGAUAAUCGACAUCGCGGGGCAGCGUUCUUCAAGUUUUCCAAGGAGGAGGGUGAGAGGCGCGGGCAGAUGGAGCAGUUGGCGGAAUUGAGGAGGGAGACUAUGGAAAGGCGGCAGGGUCGGUAUGGCAGCCAAGCAGGGCCAAGGUCAGCUGGCAGAGGUGAAUCGGGAGACUAG